AGCGCAGAGCGGUUUGGUCGGUCGUUGGGAAAGCAUCAUUUCUUUGCUCGGCGACUGCGACUCUUCAUUGGGUACCAGAACCGGCGCGGCGCUCUGAGAAGUGGCCUAAAACUUCGGCGUUGGGUAAAAGAAAAUGGCUCGAACCAAGCAGACCGCUCGUAAAUCCACUGGUGGGAAAGCCCCCCGCAAACAGCUGGCCACCAAAGCUGCCAGGAAAAGCGCUCCCUCUACCGGCAGGGUGAAGAAACCUCAUCGCUACAGGCCCGGCACCGUGGCGCUCAGAGAGAUUCGUCGUUAUCAGAAGUCGACUGAGCUGCUCAUUCGGAAGCUGCCUUUCCAGAGGUUGGUGAGGGAGAUCGCCCAGGAUUUCAAAACCGACUUGAGGUUUCAGAGUGCGGCCAUUGGUGCGCUUCAGGAGGCUAGUGAAGCGUACCUGGUGGGUUUGUUUGAAGAUACUAAUCUGUGUGCCAUUCACGCUAAGAGAGUCACCAUCAUGCCCAAAGACAUCCAGUUGGCUCGCCGGAUACGGGGAGAGAGAGCUUAAGUGAAGGCAGUUUUUAUGGUGUUUUGUAGUAAAUUCUGUAAAAUACUUUGGUUUAAUUUGUGACUUUUUUUGUAAGAAAUUGUUUAUAAUAUGUUGCAUUUGUACUUAAGUCAUUCCAUCUUUCACUCAGGAUGAAUGCGAAAAGUGACUGUUCACAGACCUCAGUGAUGUGAGCAUUGUUGCUCAGGAGUGACAAGUUGCUAAUAUGCAGAAGGGAUGGGUGAUAUUUCUUGCUUCUCAUGAUGCAUGUUUCUGUAUGUUAAUGACUUGUUGGGUAGCUAUUAAGGUACUAGAAUUGAUAAAUGUGUACAGGGUCCUUUUGCAAUAAAACUGGUUAUGACUUGA